AUGGAAUAUAGAGGUGCCUCCGGUGUGUCCACCGCAACAACACCAAUGCGUCCUGGGACCCCAGAGAGCAAAAGCAGAGACCCUUUCGGUGAAGAAAUACUUCCAGCACCCCCCGCCAACCCUUUCUCCACCCCAUUCACCUCCAGACCGGUAUCAUCCUCCGCUUCCUCGUCGGCCUUGCGAGAAGGACCAGACCCCCCUAGAUAUUUCCAUUCAAGACGAGUAAGGAAAGGAGAGGUUGAGAAGCCGUGGAUAGCAAAUAAAAAUCCAAAGGAGAAAUGGGUUACAAUUAUUCCGUUGAUAGGGCUGGCGAUAGGUUUUGCACUGGCUGGUUUCUUGGUAUAUGAUGGGCUCCAUUCAGUAGUACACCACAAGUACGAACUAGUCUUAGACGAGAAUUUCUCUGAAGGACUCAACAGUGCCAUCUGGACAAAGGAAGCUGAAGUUGGCGGGUUUGGUAAUGGCGAGUUUGAGCAGACAACUCUGACAGACGAGAAUGUUUUCGUUCAAGAUGGCAAGCUCAUCAUCAAGCCUACCCUUCAAGAUGCCUCCCUCAUCGAAUCCAACACGGUCAUCAACCUCACAUCCGAUGGCACUUGUACGUCAAACUCUCUGAAGAGCUGUGUCUCAAUAACAAAUAUAACGGCCGGUACCAUUAUCCAGCCUGUGAAGUCUGGACGUAUCAACACAAAGGCCGGUGCAUCAAUCAAAUAUGGCCGUGUAGAGGUUACCGCCAAGAUGCCGGUUGGUGACUGGUUAUGGCCUGCUAUUUGGAUGCUGCCUAUGAAUGACACUUACGGUCCAUGGCCAUUGUCUGGAGAAAUCGAUAUCAUGGAGUCUCGAGGAAACAACCACAGCUAUGGGCAGGGCGGAAACAACAUUGUAUCCUCGGCCCUACAUUGGGGACCCGACCCAGCGAAUGAUGCUUGGUGGCGCACCAACGUAAAAAGGGCCGCUCUACACACCACAUAUGCUGCCAAAGAACACACCUUCGGUCUCGAAUGGUCUCAGAAGUACCUCUUCACAUACAUCAACACCAACCUCCUACAAGUCCUAUACACGAAUUUCGACGAGCCUCUAUGGAAGCGCGGCGCAUUCCCCCCUGCCGACAGCAAUGGAACGCGCUUGGUCGAUGCUUGGAGUCAGACUGGCCAUGACCAGACGCCGUUUGACCAGGAGUUUUACCUGAUCCUAAAUGUUGCCGUAGGAGGCACCAACGGUUGGUUCAAGGAUGGUGAGAGCGGCAAGCCAUGGGUUGACAACAGCCUUACAGCCAAGAAUGAUUUCUGGAAUGCCCAGAAACAAUGGUAUCCAACAUGGUCGGCGCCAGGUGCUGGCCAGAUGGAGAUCAGCAGUGUGAAGAUGUGGAAGCAGGUUGAUGGCAAUGAGGAUGCUACUUGA